CUACCAUCUUUAUGUGGGUAACGCCUGCCCCUGGUGCCACCGACUCACCCUCGCCCACGCCCUGCGCGGCCUCUCCCAAUCCCAACUUUCCUACUCCUACGCGAUCGACGACCCCGAGAGAGCCUCCCGGGGGGGCUGG